GGUAAAAUACCGUUUACAAACAUGGAUUCCAACAACGCCGAAGACAAUUUGAGUGGCGAUGGAGACAUCACUUCUGUUAUGGGAUUCUCUGGAUUUGGAAAGAAGGCCCGCACGUUUGACCUCGACGCCAUUUUUGAACAGACCCGAAGGACUGCCAUCGAGAGGAGUCGACAUGUGUUAGAUGAGAGACAAAAAGCAGACGAGGAAGGGCAAAGCUCCACCACUGUCCCCACGCAGAAAGACAAAAAGAUUGCACCGGCUGCCUCAAGGAAACAGGAAGAUGACAGCAGCAGCUCAGACUCAGAGCCUAUUGGUCCUCCAUUACCUCCAAAAGAGGAUGACGUGGACGAUGAUGAUCUUGUGGGACCGCCUCUUCCGCCCGGGUACAGAGGCAGCAGUGCUCUAAGUGAUGAUGAUGAUGAAGACGACGAGGCACAAGAAGAUAACGAGGAUGAUGACAAUCCUGUAAAGAAGAUUCCUGACACACAUGAGAUCACUCUCUUGCAUGGUACCAAGACGGUUUCCGCCCUUGCCCUAGACCCUUCUGGAGCCCGCCUUGUGAGCGGUGGGUACGAUUUUGACGUCCGCUUCUGGGAUUUUGCCGGGAUGGAUCAGUCACUGCAGGCCUUCCGGUCCCUGCAGCCGUGCGAGUGCCAUCAAAUCAGAUCGUUGCAGUACAGCAUCACAGGGGACCGCAUCUUGGUGGUGUCAGGAAACGCACAGGCCAAGGUGUUGGACCGUGAUGGCUUCAAUGUGAUGGAGUGCAUCAAGGGAGACCAGUACAUCGUAGACAUGGUCAACACUAAGGGCCACACGGCAAUGCUGAACGACGGCUGCUGGCAUCCCAAGAUGAAGGAGGAGUUCAUGACAUGCUCCAACGACGGAACCGUACGCACCUGGGAUGUAACCUCAGAGAAGAAGCAUAAGUCUGUGUUUAAGCCCCGCUCGUUCCAAGGGAAGAAGGUCAUCCCCACGUGCUGCACCUACAGCCGCGACGGGAAGCUCAUCGCUGCUGGCUGCCAGGAUGGCACCAUCCAGAUCUGGGACAGGAACCUGAGUGUCCACACUAAGUUCCACUGUCGGCAAGCCCAUAUUCCAGGAUCUGACAUCUCCUGCCUCUCCUUCUCGUAUGACGGCUUGAUCCUUGCAUCACGUGGAGGUGAUGACACGCUAAAGAUUUGGGAUAUACGCAACUUCAAGAAGCCAUUGAAUAUGGCUAAUGGACUGACUAACUACUUUCCUAUGACGGACUGCUGUUUUAGCCCAGAUGACCAGCUUCUUGUGACGGGCACCUCGGUGAAGAAAGACGAGGGUCACGGGAAGCUGGUGUUUUUUGAGAGAGCUACCUUUCAGCGUGUCUAUGAAAUCGAUGUCACUAACGCGAGUGCGGUGCGCUGCUUGUGGCAUCCGAAGCUCAACCAGAUCAUGGUGGGAACUGGAAACGGCCUGGCCAAAGUGUACUAUGACCCCAUCAAAAGCCACAGGGGGGCUAAGCUGUGUGUCGUGAAGAGCAAGCGGAAACAGAAGCAUGCAGAGGCCCUGACCCAGGAGUAUGUCAUUACACCUCACGCCUUGCCCAUGUUCAGAGAGGCCCGGCAGAGAAGCACACGCAAGCAGCUGGAGAAGGACCGCCUGGACCCCAAGAAGUCCCACAAACCUGAGCCUCCUGUAUCCGGACCAGGUCGAGGCGGCAGAGUGGCGGCUCACGGCGGCACAUUGUCCUCCUUUAUCGUGAAGAACAUCGCUUUGGACAAAACUGAUGACAGCAAUGCACGAGAGGCCAUCCUGCGUCACGCCAAGGAAGCUUCGGAGAACCCUUACUGGGUGGCUCCGGCUUACAAGAAGACCCAACCCAAUCCCGUGUUUGCGGAGGAUUCCGAGGAGGAUGAGGAUGCUGAAAAGGAACCAGAGUGGAAGAAGCGUAAGAUCUGAAGCGCUGCCUGGAACAUUCAUUCAGCCUCUGUGCGGACUGGAGGCUGCUUAUCGAACAUUCGGUCAAGCCCAGAACAGAGGUACUGUCUGGCUCCACUAUUUACUACAAGGGCCUGGGUCUCUAUGCUCGUAUCUUUUUAGAGCCUACUUAGUGUUUUUAUGUGCAGGGUAAGUAUAAUAUCUUUCAGCUUUAUGUUCCGAAGACCAAAUUCACUUUUUGUCCUCUCCAUCAUGAAUCACAUCCAGAUUUCCUUCUGUCUGGCAGUUGUGCAAUUGCAGGUUUGAUUCCUAGUACAUUGCAUGAAGGUAGAAACGUAGUUAUAUUUCCUGUACACCGCCUUCAAUGUUUGAUUCAUUAAUGAUGAUUAGUCAGACAUAGUAAGUUACAUUUAACAUAUAAAGCAAAGCAUACUUGAGUAAGGCAAAGCACAUCCAGUCCUAGUAAAUCAUUUACAAGCUCAUUUUUUCCAGCGCUAUUAAAAUGCUGUGUUCCACUAUAUAGUUGCGCAUAGUGUGGAAAUGUCAAGUACCGUUCAAGUGAGUAAGUUUAGGAGUUCCCUAACUGACCAUGCGCAGUGUCAAUAAAUAUUUGAGUUGCCGUACAUAAUGCAAACUAUCUUCUUGGAAAGCGUACUCACCAAGGCCCCGUUUUUAAAAAUAGACCUAGAAAUGACAACACAACACACACUCGAUAUGGUGUCAUUGAGCUGGAGUUUCUACUGGGUGACUCACAUUGGGUGGAAGUGGCGAGGGAGUCAUCCAAGAAUGUCAUCCAGACAAUAUAAAAUUCAGACGGAAUGUCUUUUGUCUCCUGGCUGUUAAAGUGAAUAGGAGACAGACAUGGUGGUGGGACAAAUAUGGAAGACCAUGUGAAUGCUUUUCCCAGUGGCUCGAAAGCACCAAAUCACACACUCUUAUGUAAAAGUACACAUAUAAAUGACCAUGUAGAACUCCUACUUGUAUAUUCUCAAGUGACAGUACUACAUAAAUGAAACUUGGAUUAUACUUUAGGAGUAGUCAGUAUAGAUUUACUAUCCACUGAAAAUGAGUCAAUUCCCAGUCCUUAUUGACUAAAUAGCUGUACCCUCACAGUGAACAUGUCCAAAUUGUGUCAGUGUGAGCACCACUGCCCUUAAUCCUCUUGGACACGGAAUAGACCACAGCUGCACAGGUUGUCACUGGAAUCCUCUUCUACUCCUCGAUGAUGACAUCACUGGUGGAGCUGGUGGAUGUUACACAGCUUGUGCUGCUCCACCUUCCUUCCUACCGCUUGAGGAUGCCCCACAGGUGCUCAAUUGGGUUCACGUUUGGAAGCGUGUACUUGGCCACUGUCACCUUCAGCUUCCUCAGCAAGGCCCUUGUCAUCUUGGCAGUGUGUUUGGGCUCCUUAUCAUGUUGGAUAACUGCCAUACGGUCCAGUUUCCCCAAAGAGCUGUCGCAGUACACAUUGGAAUUCAUGUUGAUGAAUGAUGUCUAUCAAGGCAAGACAGUAAUCUCUCUACGGUUGUGAAUUGAGUCAUUUUAAGUGGAUACUAAAUCUAUACUGCUAUACAAGCUGGACACUGACUACUUUAAAGUAUAUCCAAGUUGAAUUUAUGUAAUAUUAUCCCUUGAGAAGAUAUUGUAAUAAAAAUGCUUGCUGAAAUGUGGGGAGUUUUGUGAGAUACUGUGCAUUCACCGUGUAUAAACGUAUUAAGCGUAACAUGUCCAUCAUUGUUUUUCCGCCAUGGAAACAGUCUUGACUCACUUCACAGCCGCCGCGUUUUUGUUUACUGUACGAUCCUGGGCUGGCGUUCAGGAAUGCAGCGCAGGAAAGGGCCGCCCCCUUCCUCAACUACCCCAACGUUCAUCCUCAAUUUUAUACAUUUAGUUCAUGUAAACACACCACGAAGCAAAUGAGCACCAUGUGUCACGUCCAGGGCUGAAGCAGACACCACACAUUUCUUAGAAAAAAGUUUUAAUUCUGUAAAAAGUUUUAUAAUAAAAAAACAUGAAUAUUGUACAAAAAUAAAGUUUGCCCAUAGCUUUGGUUGUAGAACACAAAACACAAAACAAAACAAAACAAUGACUUUUUUUGUUUUGUUUUUUUUGCCCACGAAGAUGCCAAGAAAAUGCGCAAGUGGAUCUUGCAUUGCUAACACUGACAAAUGCUUCACAUGAUGUAUUUCCUUUGCUGCUUUGUGUAUUUAACUAGAACAGGGUUUCCCAAAAUGCUCAAAUGCAUGGUGUGCUGCCAUAAAGUACAUAAACUAAGGAUCAAGAAAUGUCUGCUUGAUGAUCAAUAAAAUAGCUUGGGAAACCUUGCAGGAGGAGGAGUUUAAGUACCUCGGGGUCUUGUUCACGAAUGAGGCAAGGAUGGAACGUGAGAUCGACAGGCGGAUUGGUGCGGCGUCUGCAGUGAUGCAGACUCUGCAUCGGUCCGUUGUGGUGAAGAGGGAGCUGAGCCGAAAGGUAACGCUCUCAAUUUACCGGUCGAUCUACGUUCCUAUCCUCACCAAUGGUCAUGAGCUAUGGGUAGUGACCG